AUGCUGACCGGAGAACUCACGUUGGAUGGCAAUAUAUUGGAAUCUGUCGAUUCGAUCAAUCUUCCAUCAUCCUUCACUCAUCCCGCACAUCAAACGUCACAGCAAGCUCUCGAUAGCGACAGGUCGGAGAAGCAACAAUGUUUUCGAUUGCGGAUAUCAUCAUUAAGUAUGUGA